UCCAUCUAGGCAGCGUGACAGAGGAAAUAUACUCAAUUCAGCCUUGCAACAACACUCAGGGGGAGGGCCACCAAUGAGUGGUGAACAGCUACUAGCUUCUCUUGCUCCCUUGCCCUUCAUUAACGAAAGAGAGAUUGGGGACAAGUGAUGGUAGGUAAUUACAGGGCGAUUGCUUCCAGCUGUUCUCAGGCUAAAGCUCCUUCUACUUGUUUAGGCAGCGUGCCAGAAGCACCAGGGUCUUCUUGAGUGAGUGACCACCCCUAUUAUUAUUUUUAAAAAUUAUUAUUUUUAGCCUGCCUCUUCUCCCGCUUUCUGGAUGGCAUGAGAGGGAGAGGGAGAGAGAGAGAGAGAGAUACUUUCUCCAGCCUUGCUGAGGAUCAUGAGAAGCUAAAUUUCACACAUCUCAGAAGCACUACAUUCAAGAGGGCUGAGUAGAGCAAGGGGUUUGGUGGGCGCGCAAGAUCCAUCCGGAGGGAAAGCAAAGGAGAAAAAGCUGGACUUCUCUCGACGUAGCUUAACAGGCGGGCAGCUGAAAACGAGGGAAAGGGUCGGGUCGGUGUGACGGGACCGACUUUGAAGAGAAAACCGAACCUCCCGCGUCCCCGAAACCGCCCGGGAUUCUUCUGCAGCUCUUCCGCCACACUUCAAAGGCCUCGCAUCACAACCGGAUGGCUACGUGAAACUUCUUCCGCUCUACUUUUCCCAGUCUCUUGGAGGAAGUCUACAGUGCACGUUUCUAGGGUGGCUCGCGUUUUGGCAUUGAUUAUCCCGCAAAUGCCACGGUGAGCCGGAGGUAGAGAGGACCCCUUCCCCGCGUCGUCGCCAGCGCUUUUCUUCUUGCUCCGCCCCCUUUCCCACCCACGUGCAUAGAGUCGGAACGAUAAAUCUGUCCAGCUUCCUGUCAAACUCGGGCUGAGCUGACGUAGCUCUUUACCCCCGCAUGGAACCCGGAAGUGAUGGCGAAAGCAGAGGGGUGUGAGGGGGCGAGGUUUUUUUGGGGGGGGGGUGUUUCUUCUUUUUUUGGCAGUUGUUUUUCGGGAUUGGGAGGCCGGCCUGGUAACGGCGGCGGCAAAUGGGGAAGAAGCCUUUUGUGGUGCGCGCGCCUGGGACCGUUAUUUGCCCCUUUCCUCGGAUAGGGGAGGAAGGUCAUAACUUCAAGUAUCAUUGAAGCAACUAUUUGUUUGGAAAAGGUUGGCUUAUUUAUGACAGUUCUGAUUUUAAAGUGGCACAAUUGCAAUGAAGAAAAGGAGAAGACUCAAUGUAAAUCUAGAUGACAAAAUACAUCUUGAUCAUCGGCGGGAUCGUACUGAUAAGAUUCCUGCAGCAGAUUCUGAACAGGAAGCUCAUGUUGAUUCUGCAGAAGUAGCUACUGCAGGCCAGUUCAUAUAUUCCAAAGAACUUUCUCUGUUGCCUGAUCAAAGAAAGCUUUUAACUUCUUUGCAAUACAAUAAAAAUCUACUUAAAUAUUUGAAUGAUGAUCGACAGAAACAGCCAUCUUUUUGUGAUCUUCUUAUAACUGUUGAUGGAAAAGAAUUUAGUGCCCACAAAGUAGUAGUUGCUGUUGGGAGCAGUUACUUUCAUGCUUAUUUGAGCAAAAAUCCAAAUACAAAUGUUGUUACCUUGGAUCAUGUAACACAUUCAGUUUUCCAUCAUUUGCUUGAGUUUCUUUACACAUCACAGUUUUUUUUAAAUAAAAAUGAAGUACCUUUAGUUUUAGAAGCAGCAAAAUUUUUAGAUAUUAUUGAUGCAGUUAAAUUGCUGAACAGUGAAAAUAUUUCCAUUUCACAAUCUGAAGAGAAAACAAAAAACCCAUCUCAGGUAGAAAAGACAACCGAACAAACUCCUAAAAUAGCCAACAAUCACCAAUGCACUUUGUGUAAUCGUAAUUUUUGUUACAAGAAAUCAUUAGAAAAUCAUUUGUCCAAAGCACACAAAUCAUCUGCACAGGAAAAAGAACAUGGGCUAAAAAUGGUUGAGAAGUCAGUUAUUUCUACUAGACGAUCAGUGCGAAAUCGCAAAUGCCCAGCAAAAUUUGAUCAGAGUGACAAUGAAAGUGGUAAUGCAUCUGAUAACAAUUUAGAUAGAAUUGCUCCUAGUAAGGAGAGUAGUGAAUCUGAAGAUAGUGGAAGUGAAUACAAUACUGAUGAAGAUAGGCAGGAAGAGGACACUUUGGGAGAUGAUACCGAGUCUGAACAGCACAGUGAAAAAGAAUGUGGUGGAGAGAUCCAUGAACCAGAUGGUCCAGCAGGAAAUAUUUCUGAAGACAAUGUUUCCACGUGUAUUCCACCUAUUCUUCAGAACAGCAGCAAAAAAUGUUUGCAGUGUCCUAAAUGUGAUAAAACAUUUGAUCGACCAGGGAAAUUUGAAAGCCAUGCUCGAGUACAUACGGGUGAAAAGCCUUUUGAGUGUGAUAUUUGCCAGCAGCGUUAUUCAACCAAAUCUAACUUAACAGUACACAGAAAGAAACACAACAAUGAAAUGGAAUUUCAUAAAAAAGAACACAAAUGUUCAUAUUGUAACAAACUGCAUGCCACCAAAAAGACCCUGAUAAAGCAUGUAAAAAG